GUGACUGCAAAGCUGAGAGAUCCAGCUAUAUAAACAACCAUACGCGUUGUUUUCACAAUGCUCACAAUGCCCUCGUUGUCCAAAUUUACCUUCCUUCGCAUUGACAGAUUCUAGAUCCUAAAGCUGUCAUUAUGUCUUCGGUAACCUCUCAACCACCCACCAUUAUCUCCACACCACAGACCCCGGAGGAAGAGGCCAAUCUCGCCCUUGCAAAGGAGUACAUGUCAAUCGCCUACUCCCCAACCCACAACAAAGGUGCCGAGUCGGUCCGUCACCUCUGCGCCCCGGACAGCUGGUUCUGGAGUCCAUCCACGUUCCCCGGCUGUUCCACGCCUAUGGAUUAUGCCGAAUCGCACGCCCACGUCAUGGCAUCCGUCAAUAACUUGCAUAUCGUCCGAUACGAUCAAGCGUGGGCGAAAGACGGGCACGUUUUGCUCCGCUAUACGGCGGAGGGCUCGCACGCGGGAAAGCCAUACAAGGGGAUUGAGAAGUCGGAUCCUCCGAAAAAGGCCAGAUGGAGCGCUGCUGCUAUUUUUGAAGUCCAGGAUGGCAAGAUCAAAAGCUUUACAAAGGAUUGGGAUCAGAAGGUUAUGCAGAUUCAACUUGGAUGGGCGCCGGUACAAGAUUCGGAAGAUCCACGGUGGAAUACAGCGAUGUUAGCAGAUCCGGAGGGCGCGAGACAUUUGGAAUAGUUGGAAUGAAACGCAGGGCUGGGUUGGUGAUAUACGCCGGGAUAUUUAUUGGCAGUUCAUGUGCUCAUGACAUUUAUGUUGCAUAGUUGCUUACUAUUGGCGAUCCUCAUUCCAGACUGAAUAUCAUGCAGGACACCG